GUAGCAAAUCAAAGUUCAGGCUGCAACGAGUACGAACCCUAGUAGAACCCCCGGUAUGGUUGCGGGUAAAACGGCGGACCCGGGCGCACGGCAACACAUCAACCGGCUAGGGUUCUGCGCGGUCCCGACCCAGCCUCGCAGUCGCAGGUAGGGGUGCAGGCUCCCCUUUGCUUCCGCGGCGCCAAUCCGCCGCCGUCGUCGUCGCCGUUGCCAGCGGCAGCUCUCCUCGCGCGACGUGUAUCCCGGUGCGUAUCCGCCCCGCACGCUCGCCGGUCGGUCCGCACCCUUCGCCAAACCACCUCUCAGGUUCUUUAGAAGAAAACAGGAAAAAUCAUCACAUGGAUAUCAUGCAGACAAGUGAUUCUUCACAAUAUGGAGUUGUGGAAAACAGCCCCUAUAGAUUUCCCUAUGAUAAACGCGUUGAAGAUGGCAACCUUGGUGCCUCGUGGUAUUUUAGUAGAAAAGAAAUAGAGGAGAAUUCCCUUUCAAGAAGAGAUGGCAUUAGUCUGAAGAAGGAGUCUUACCUUCGCAAGUCAUACUGCACUUUUCUUCAGGAAUUGGGAGUGAGGCUUAAAGUGCCUCCAGUGACAAUUGCUACAGCUAUAGUAUUCUGUCAUCGUUUUUUCCUUCGACAAUCUCAUGCCAAAAAUGACAGACUGACAAUAGCCACAGUUUGCAUGUUCUUGGCUGGUAAAGUUGAAGAAACACCCAUACCCCUGAAGGAUGUCAUACUAAUUUCUUAUGAGAUCAUCCACAAAAAGGAUCCUGGCGCUGUUGCUCGAAUUAAGAAAAAGGAAGUCUAUGAACAACAGAAGAAACUUCUUUUAAUUGGGGAGCGUGCUGUGCUUGUAACACUUGAUUUUGACUUCAAUGUGCACCACCCAUACAAGCCCUUGGUUGAAGCAAUAAAAAAACUCAAGAUUGCUCAAAAGGAACUUGCUCAAGUUGCCUGGAGUUUUGUCAAUGAUGGGCUGUGUACAUCUCUUUGCCUGCAAUUUAAGCCCCAACAUAUUGCGGCCGGCGCAAUCUUCCUUGCCGCGAAGUUCCUUAAAGUCAAGCUUCCAGCAGAUGGCGAGAAGGUCUGGUGGCAAGAUUUUGAUGUAACCCCAUGGCAGUUGGAAGAGGUUAGCAACCAAAUGAUGGAGCUCUAUGGGCCACCACCAUCUCAAGGGACUGAUAAUAAAAGCAGCUCUGCAAGUUUAGCCAAUCAACAUGCCCUGGAGAAAGCUCCUGGAGCUGCUGAGGAGCCUCCUGUGCAUAAAAACCAUCCAGCAUCCAGGCAAUCGAGCUCGGCAGACUGCCAUGGACAUAACCAGCAUCACCCUGAAAGGCAAGACUCAAACCAGAGGAUAGCACAAACCGAAGCAAGGGAUGGCACUGGCACUAGCAAUGAAGGCCCCAAUACGUCGCCAUCAGCGAUGGAUGCAGUGGAAACGAUGGACAAGGAUCAUGAGAAUGCCGCUCACACGAGAAAGGACACCGAAGCCAUGGACAGUCAAGAAUGCCAUUCCCUCGAGCCCGGCAGUCUAAAGAGGAAGGAGCACAGUAGCCAUGAUCGCAGCAGCGAGAGGGACGUCAAGAGGACGCUGUCAUGAGAGGAGGUACUUCCUCCGUCUUAAAAUAAGUGUCUCAACUUUGUACUAGUUCUAGUACAAAGCUGUACUACUUAUUUUGGGACGGACGGAGUAUUCAUCACCAUAACACCCUGGGCGUAACAAUCGGCAGAGUGGUGGCAUUGCGCGAUGCAGUGCAGCAACCAGUGUCAAGCCUAUUCUUUUUUCCGUUUUCUGUUGCAGGAGCUAUCUCUGUCCUUGUUGGCCAUGUUGGAGAUUUGAACCGUGAUUGGAGAAUAUGGCAUGGUGCGUACAUGUUCAAGUGUUGAUGUCGUGGAAACAUUGGGUUGGGCGGCCGGUCCGUGAUGCGAAAAUUAUGCAGACAUAAGUGUGUCGUGCAGGUUUGAUUGA